AUGCUAAGUGUAACAUAUGAUGUAUUUAUUCAUACACUCGAUGAAUGUGUUAAAUUAUCAACUGAUGAUUCAUCUCAAUCGUUACUUUUACUUUCUCCAAUUUCAUCAACAACUACUGUUAGAACAUCACCACUUCGAACAUCAUUUUCUGAAAUUGAUUCAACUAAAUCUGCAAAUUCGGCAACACCAACUGUUUUACCAAAACAAAUUGUUUAUAAAACAUUUUUUUCUCAACUUCCUUAUGCUUGUUUAGCAUUUAAAGAUAUUCAUUCAGAACUUUUUCUUUCCACAUGUGAACAAUAUCUUGCUCUCAUUGAUAUGGAUUUUAUAUUAAAUAUAAAAAACAUUACUUUAAUCGUAAUAGAUAAGUUCAAUAGUACAACAUUUAUUACACUACGAGCAGAUUUCAAUGGGAAUAUUAGUAAAUUAAGAAGAAAAAUUAGUAAUGAUCUAAAUAAAUUUCAAACAUUAUAUUCGAUUGUUAAUGAUGAAAUAACUUCUAAAACAACAAAAGAAAAAAAUUCAGCAAUUGAUGCACUCCUCUGGCUUAGAAGAGGUAUUCAUUUUCUAGCAUCUUUUCUCUAUGAAUUUGAUCAAGGCGAAGAAACUGUUGAAGAUGCUAUGAAUAAAGCAUAUGGACAAUCAUUAAAACGUUUUCAUGGAUGGACUACACGGGGAGUUUUUUCAAUAAAAAUAAUGAAAGUAGCAUUGAAACAGAAAAAAGAUAAUAAUCAUAUUCUUCCACGUAAAAAACGUUGUCAACUUGAAAGAAAAUUAGUUAAAGCAAAAUGA